AGUGGAUAACUGAACAUAUUGUCAUAUUGUAUUCCAUUUUCAUCCAAUUUGUGUUUCUGAAGCUGAAGGUGACGAACAUUCAAGGAUUGGGUCAAGUGUUCGUUCAACACGCACAGCAGAAAAGUGAUCAUAGAGAAACCGCUCUCACCCGAGACACGAUCAAAGGAUUCUGUACCACCAUCGAAGAACCUAGCGGAAGCCCCUGCUUUGUCGCUGCUGCCAGGAUCACCACAACCUCGUCGUCGUCGAACCUACAGCGAAUAAGAUUAGUCGCCGUUGAACCUUCGUCUUCGUGGCCGCUGUUUUCGCGUCGUUUUUCAGUAAGAAUGAACAAGCGCAUGUGGAGUGAUGAAGAAACCAAAGCAUUUGUGGGUUUCAUGAAGGAGUUCGUUGUUGAUGGUCUGAAAACCGAUUCUGGACAAUUCAAACCAGGAACUUUUAAAAAACUAGCUUUAAAGAUGCUGGAGGCCUUCCCAACUUGUACCAUAACCGCCAAACAUUGCAAAAAUAAGCAUAAGCGAUUGAAGGAGAAGUAUCAAUAUGCCUCUGAGAUGUUGGCUUGCAGUGGAUUUGGGUGGAAUUCUAAAAAACAGUGUGUGGAAGUAGACAGUAAAGAUGUUCUUGAUGCGUGGACGAAGGUCGCACACCCGACCAAGUUCUACACUGUUGGGAAGCCAUUCCCUUUGUUCCACCGACUAGAGGGUAUAUUCGGAAAGGAUAGAGCCACGGGUGUAAGUGCAGUAAGUGGUUUCAACACACAGGAACAAGUUCAUGAAGAAGGGGAAGAUCAGAGUCCAGGAAUUCUAGAGGGUACAUUUGGAAAGGAUAGAGCCACAGGUGUAGGUGCAAUAAAUGGUUUCAACACACAGGAACAAGUUCACGAAGAAGAGGAAGAUCAGAGUCCUGGAUUGGACGAAUUUGAGGUGUCAGCAAAUACAAGCUUUGAUGGAGAGCAAGGAGCAGCUUCACACUCUGAGGCUGGUGCAGCUAGCGCAAGGCAUUCAGGAAAGAAGAGGAAGCAAAAUGACAUUCUAGAGAGGAUGGUUGAAUGUGUGCGGUUUUCUAUUGCUGCCCAAGAGAAGCAUGUCCAAAUUCUUGCUGAUGCUAUUUCAGGUGUGAAUGAGAGGUUUAAGAUUGGUGAGAAGCUUGAACAACUUGGAUUCAGUGAUGAUGAGGUUGUGCAGGUCGUGUUGAAGUUUUCUGAUAACUCAAAUUUGGAGAAGAGCUUCUGGAGUUUGACAGAUUCUCAGAAGAGUGCAUUAGUGCGAUCCAUUCUAAGAUAGAAAUAGAAUUAGUGCUGAUUGUCUCCUGUUGUGGUAUAUUGUGAAACUUAUUAUGUGGUCUUUGGUAGUCUUUUGGAACUUUAGGUUGAUUUAAGACUUUCUGUCCAAGUAUAUAUUAGGUGACACUUAUUUGAGACUUGUAAAGCCAUUCUCAAACCACAAUCGCAAAAGCGUUCUCCAAUUGCAUUAGAAUUGUUGGUGCCAUUGGAACUACUUGUAGAUCUUAUACUUCUAAAUGCCAUUAUUAACAAAACUCAUAUACCUGUCAGAGGUGAUGAAACAAAGAACAACAUUCAGAACAAUUCAUUGCAACA